AUGGCCACUACCGUCUCUGCUGUUGCCACCACCCAAAAGUUCACGCUUCCCUACAUUCCCGAACUAUUCAACCCCAAUUUUCUUGACAUACUUCUCCCUGCUGCCCUUCAAGUCGCUCCUGAAAAAUCGGUCGAUGCCCCGAAACCCCACAACGCCAUGAUGAAUGCACUCAAUUCGACUGCUCAUCGCACAUUGACGGAAAAUAACGCCCCAACGUAUGAUUCGACGCUGGACCCUACUCUCGACGCAUUCCAAGGACUUACUUCUUGGAGCGACUAUGAAUAUAUGAGCGCAUUGCUCACAAAAUCAUGGGAAGUAGACCCUCUUCUGACGCUCCGUCUCAUUUGGCAGCUUCGGAGUAUUCACGAAGGCAAGGGCGAGAAGGAGGCAUUCUACCGGUAUGUUCAUUUCCCUAUCCGCUGUCUCAUGCACCUAACAUAUUCUCAGCGCUUUGGAUGGCUGUACAAGCACCACCCCCGUACUGCUAUCUCUAACCUCUCGAUGCUCGUCGUCCCUGUCUGCCCGCACAAAAAGAAGCGGGAGCUAUCAUUUGCUCACGGCUACUGGAAGGACUUGCUCAACAUCCUCGCACUGGCUACCACCGACGAGCUUGAAUCCUCCAAUGCCACCUUCCUUCACUAUCCUCGGCAGCCGUUUUGCCACCGCAACGAAAGGGGAAAGAAGGCAGGCGGUAACGAACAAGUCGACGAAAUGAAGGCCAAGGCGAAGCGUGUUCGUAUGGCUGAAGAGCGCCACGAGAUCCUGGUGAAGCGGCUGAAGGAUCCCAAGUACCGUGCGCUAUUCAUUGCCGUCGCUCGCCUCUUUUCUGCUCAGCUCAUUGCGGACAUGAACGUGAUGUGGGAGAGCAUACAUCUCACUCCGGAGGCGGACCGUAUAGCGCUCUACAAGAAGAUCUCCCUUGCUGGCAAAUGGUCGCCGAGCCCUGGUGCGUCGCAUGACCGCCACACGAACAUCGCGACUGCAGUCGCUAUACUACUGCACCAUUCGUGCGGGCUCGUCAAGCAGCCAUUCCCAUCUUCGCUCGCGUCGUUUGAUGCUGCGCACACGGCCGCAAAUGUAGAGCAGGCCCUGGUUCUGCGGUCGUACUACCAGCGCUGGAUCAUUUCUCGUCUUCGUGAGAUUACACUUGUGCCCGAGCCACUCAUGUCGGCUAACAAGUGGUCUUCGAUCCGCUACAACCGCGUCGCAUCGGUUUGCAUGAAGAACAACACAGCGCAGUUCUACAGGCGCGAUGCGGAGCGGUUUGAGCAAUACCUGAUGGACGUCGAGAGCGGGAAGAAAACCAUUUCUGGCGCAACGCUUCUUCCGCACGAGAUCCUCAAAACAAUCGUGAACUUGUCGAAUGAUAUACGGAGGGCAGAUACCAAGUCCCGCGAGUUACAGAAGUUCAGGAAGAGCCUGGCAGAAAUGCAGAUACGCACGCUCGAGGCGCAGUGGAAUGCGCUUGUUGCCCGGGUGAAGGGCUUUGGAUCGCUCGACAAUGCGCUUGCGAUAUGCGAUGUGUCGGAAUCGAUGAUGUCUCUGGACAUGUGCUUUACGCGCGGCAAGGAACCUCCACGCCCGCUCUACCCUGCCAUCGCACUGUCGAUUCUCCUCGCGCGGGUUGCCAACCCGCCGUUCCGCGAUGGGUUUAUCACGUUCUCACAGGCGCCCCAGUUCGUUAAGCUUGAUCCCGCACUGUCUUUGAAGGACACCAUGGGGCUGAUGAAAAGCAGUGCGUGGGGAAUGAAUACCGACUUCAACGCGGUGUUCCUCAAGCUUCUGCUGCCGCUUGCGGUGAAGAAUAAGGUGCCGAAGGAAGACAUGAUUAAGCGUCUGUUCGUCUUCUCGGACAUGCAGUUUGACGAUGCGCGCCGCCACGACUUGAACUCUGACGAGUCGGAUUGGAAGACGAACCACGAUCACAUUGUGGAGGCAUACGCCGAGGCGGGGUACGAUAUUCCACAAAUCGUCUAUUGGAACUUGGCACAUCAUGCCACGACAGAUGUGACCGCAGAGCGAGAGGGCGUGGCGCUGGUGAAUGGGUUCUCGCCGUCAAUGUUGAAGAUGUUCAUGGGCGAGGAAAAGGGAGGGGAAGAGGAAGAAGAGGCAGGAUGGGAGUUGGUUGAGGUGUUCAAUCCGCUGAAUGUGAUGAGGAAAGCGGUGAUGCGGCCAGCCUACGACGGGCUGGUAGUAGUUGACUGA